AUGACUCUGAGGCAACCUUUCGGCGUAGUUGCAGCAAUCAUCCCAUGGAAUGCUCCUUUGGUCGCAUUUUCGGGAAAAGUUGCCCCUGCCUUAGCUGCGGGAAAUACUGUUGUGCUUAAGAGCAGUGAAAAAGCCCCAUUGACGUCCCUCAAAGUGGCUCAACUUGCCCGCGAAGCUGGCUUCCCCCCCGGGGUGCUCAAUGUACUUUCUGGCCAUGGCCCAAUCAGUGGGGCGACAUUGGCUUCACACAUGGACGUGCGUGCUAUCUCGUUCACUGGCUCUAUUAGGACGGGAAGAGCAAUCCAAACAGCCGCAGCAGAGUCGAAUAUGAAGAAUGUGAUCCUCGAGCUUGGUGGGAAAUCACCGGCCAUCAUUUUCGACGAUGCUGACCUGGCAGCAGCAGUUCCCUUAACUGCACGCAGCAUCAAAUCGAACAGUGGCCAAGUCUGUAUGGCAAAUUCACGCAUCUACGUGCAAGACACCAUUGCAACCAAGUUCAUCCAGCUGUUUAAGGAAAGCUUUGGCGCUGUUAAGCAAGGAAACCCUCUGGAUCCGGAAACUGAUCUUGGACCAGUUGUGGAUGAUGUCCAGUUCCGUAUUGUCUCGCAAUACAUUGCAUCCGGUAAUGAGUCAGGGAAGCUAUCUCUCGGUGGAACUGCGAAAGACGGGUUUGUAGAACCCACGGUGUUCGAGGAGACGCAAGAAAAUGCGAAGAUCAUGAAGGAAGAAGUUUUUGGCCCUGUGGUAAAUAUCAACACCUUUCAUACCGAGGAGGAGGCACUCGCCAAGGCCAACGAUACUAUGUAUGGCCUCUAUGCCGCCGUUUUCACCAAAGAUGUGAAUCGAGCCAUGCGUUUCGCCAAGGGUCUCGAAGCAGGGACUGUCGGGAUCAAUUGCACGUCUCCAAUCACCGCCCACGACUUAUCAUUUGGAGGAUGGAAGGCAAGUGGCGUAGGGCGUGAGGGACUGUUGGACAGCAUCAACACCUUCCUUGAGACAAAGAGUGUCUUGUUUAAGAUAGAAUAG